CAAAGACUGAGGUAGAAAUAAAACAGCCAAUGAAAUGUUCGUUGGGAUCUACUUGCCUAUUUUAUAAAAACUUUUUUUUUUUCCUAGUGUACCUUUGUCUUUCUUUUUUAUAAUAAAUAAUGAGGGACGAUUUUCUAUUAAGCGAUGAAGUAUUGAAAUUACAGGAACAAGAAGAUUAUUAUAUCCCUAAUGAAAUUGACUUGAGAGGCAAAAGUGACCAAGACCUGGCAAGAUAUCUAAACGAAAUAACGGAUAGCAUUGAAGUAUCUUCAGAAAACAUAUCAGAUCCAGUGGUCUUUGAUAAGAUUCUUAGCUUUUUAAAGUACUUUGCUCACCUUCAGCCACGAUGGUUAGCGCGUCUAUUUGAUAUUAUCUUGUCAGCUUUUAGAAUAGAAAUCAAGACAACUUCAGAUGAUUUAGAAAAUAAUCAAAAAGAAACCUUUAGCAAUCAUCGUCAUUGUUUAGAACUUUACGGCUUUUUACUUCACUGGUUCUUGAUUGCCGUUGAAAAGAAUACAACAACUGCGAAAAUAACAAAAAAGAAGUCAAACCAAAAUGAAUUAAAGACGUUUGAUUGGAGUAAUCAAAAGUUGAAGGCAUUUGACACAGCCAGUUGGUUACUUGACUUAAAGUUGAGCAAGAUCUGGACAAUGGCACCAGAAAGAAUUGCCUUUAUCAAUCUGUUUACUAAACCUGCUUAUCAACUAUUCGAAAAUCCAGUCAAUGCGAAAUCGAAUAGAGUGAAAGAACGAGUGUUUAGAAUCUUGGGGUUAUGUGUCAAAUACUAUGAUCACGCAUUUGUUGCUCAAACGACCAUCAUGCAAAAUCUUCAAUACUGGGAACAUUCAGCUGAACCAAUGGCUGAAUUCUUGGUUCACCUUGUAGAAAAACAAAAUUAUCAUCAGUUAGCAGAUGAAAUACUACGCGAUAUCAGUAACCGUGAAUUUAAAGACACUGCAUCAAAGGAAGUCAAAGAUUCGCCCAAUCCAAAGACAUUCUCCACCUUUUUAAUCAAGCUUGUGGAGUUAUCACCCAAGACGAUCUUAAAGAAUAUGGCAUUGCUCAUACACCAAUUGGACAGUGAAUCUUAUUUGAUGAGAUCUACCAUGAUUGAUAUCCUAGGCUUCAUGAUUGAAGAACUUUCAAAAUCCAUCGAGGAUAACGCCAAUCAGAUGGAGCAGAUCAAUGGUUUCUUUGAUAUAUUGGAAGAACAUAUGCUAGAUACUAUAUCUUACUGUAGACAAAGGGUGCUGCAGGUCUACUUGCGUUUAUUUGAUUUAAAGGCAAAGUUUCCCAAAAGAAGGCAGGCAAUCACCGUGCUGGCAAUGCGACAUUUGCAGGAUAAGAGCAGUACUGUUAGAAAAUAUGUCAUUCGAGUGCUGUGCAAGUUGAUAUUGACACACCCUUACAGUAUGUAUGGUGGUGAGUUGAAUAUAGACGACUGGAAAAAGCGUUUGGAGACUCUGAAUCAUGAAAUUAAUAAUUCGACUACGGAAGAGGAUAUGCCGCCUUUCAUUAUCACUCAAGCUGUGAAUAAUGAUAAAGAUGAUGCCACUUCACAAAAAGAGAAUGAAGAAGAGGAUGAUAAUAGAAGCCAACAUUCUGAAAGUAUUAAUGACGACAAUAGAAGCCAACACUCUGAAGGUAUCAAUGACGAUGAUGUCCAGAUGGACAUGGAGUCCCAACAAGAUAAAAAUAAAGAAGAGGAACAUCGCUUGACUGAAGAUAAGGUUGCAAAGACAGUGAUCCCUGCUGAGAAACUACAGCAACUUAUUUUAAUGAAAACAUAUCAUGAAGAUGCAAUUGCCUUCAUCGAACAGAUACACACUUGCAUUCCUAUCGUCACGCAGCUUUUAUCCAGCAAAUCAAAGGCAGAGGUUCUAGAAUCUAUGGACUUUCUUGUCAUUGCGUAUAAUUAUCAGGUCAAGAAAGCUCAAGAAGGUAUCCGAAAGAUGCUUCAUCUCAUUUGGACAAAGGACACAAGUGACGAAGGAAAAGGGAUAAAGAUGAAGCUUUUGUCUUGUUAUCAGACACUUUACUUGGAAAUGGAUAGAUCCUGCUCUAAGCGUGAGAAUGUGAAUCGUAUUGCCAAGAACUUGAUUCAAUUGACCUAUAAUACGAACCUUGCUGAAUUGACAUCAUUAGAACAAUUAUUAAAGACGAUCAUGCAUGAAGACAGUAAUAAAGUGUCUGAUGAAGUGAUUGAAAAGCUCUGGUCAGUCUAUGGAUUUACAAAAGGCAGGAUACAAAAAAUGCAACGGCGAGGUGCGAUUAUCAUCUUGAGCAUGCUGGCUCAAGCUAACACACGUAUUGUGUCAGAAAAGGUCGAUCUUAUGCUCAAAAUUGGGUUUGGUCCCUUGGGUAAAAGCGAUUUGAGUCUUGCAAGAUAUACAUGUAUCGCACUUCAACAGUUACAAGGCGUUAAGCAGAUGGAAAAGAGUCGAGGUGUACAAGUAGGUGUGAGGUUUCCUCUACAACAUUCAAUCUUUACUCGACUGAAAGAUGUGCUCGAAUCUCCCACCGAGAGCAAUGAGUGGUUCAGUCUUGCCGAGCAAGCGAUCAAUACAAUCUACAUGCUCUGCGAACAUCCAGAGACAUUGUGUCAACAACUUAUCUAUCAGAAAACAGUAAAGGUGUUUGGUGAUAGAGAAUUAACACCAAGCUUCUCAGAUACCGCAACAAAUGCUGAAUCAAUGAUACUUGAUUAUGAUAUGAGCCAAGUGCAACAGAACCUACCAUUUCCACAAAACCCUGUGCAUCAAUCCUCUAUGGAACUCUCUCAACUGUUUUUCAUGGUCGGCCAUGUCGCGCUUAAACAGAUUGUUCAUUUGGAAAUUAUAGAAUCAGCCUGGAAGAAGAAGAGAUCACAAAAGUUGGAAAAGGAUGGAAAGGAAAAAGAUACACACAAAGAUGCAGUUGAAGAGGAACUAGAACAGGUGGGAGGCACGGCUGAAGAUGAUAUUGGUGAAGCUGUAGUUCGAAUUCGUGAAAAAGAAAUUUUGUAUGGUAGUCAAUCACUGUUAGCCAGAUAUGGUCCACUUCUGGUAGAAGUCUGUGCAAGAAAUAAGCUUUAUACUAAUCGUACGCUACAGAUAACAGCUACACUUGCAUUAGCCAAGUUUAUGUGUGUUAGCUCAGAGUUUUGUGAAAAGCAUCUUCAACUGCUAUUUACUAUUCUUGAAAAAUCAAAAGAUGCCACGAUUCGAAGCAAUGUUGUUAUUGCCCUGGGUGACAUGGCUGUUUGCUUCUCAACAUUGAUAGACGAUAAUAUUACAUUUCUUUAUAACAGACUAUCCGAUCCAGAUACACUUGUGAAAAAGAAUGCGGUCAUGGUCUUAACCCAUUUAAUUUUGAACGGUAUGGUUAAAGUGAAAGGACAGAUCAGCGAAAUGGCCAAGUGCCUUGAAGAUGCCGACCAACGUAUUGCUGAUCUAGCCAAGCUGUUCUUUACUGAACUUGCCUCCAAGGAUAACGCCAUUUAUAACAAUUUACCUGAUAUCAUUAGUAACUUAACCGACAAGAACAACCCACAACGUUUAGAAGAAGAAGGAUUCAAGCGAGUGAUGAAGUUCUUGUUUAGCUUUGACUUUGUGGAAAAAGAAAAGCAAGCAGAGAAUAUUGUUGACAAGUUAUGUCAACGUUUCCUGACAGCGGGUGAUGAUGAACGUGCAUGGCGUGACAUUGCCUAUUGUCUAUCCUUGUUACCUUACAAGUCAGAAAGAUCUCUCAAGCGAUUAAUAGAGGGCUGGUCUACCUAUCAAGACAAGUUACACGAGGAUCAAGUACACAAGUACUUUUUGGAAAUCAUUAGCAAGUGUCGACUACAAAAGUCACAGAAGCCUGAAGUCAAAUCGCUUGUAGAUGAACUUGAGCAAAAGAUUGAGAAAGUUAGAGGACCCAAGGAGAGUGAGAAUGUAGAUGGCUUACAAGAAGACGUGAGUGCUGGCACUACAGCAAAGAGAGGUAAUACAACCAAGACGAAAAAGAGAGAAGUUAAGAAAAAGACGCCUGCAAGCGAAAAGAGUCCUGCGACUGGUGUCAAGAGGAGAAGAAGCAGAAAGAUUGAGUAUGAUGAAGAGAGUGAUGAGGAGAUUGAGGAAUACGUUGCAGAAGAGGACGAUGAUGAGGAUGAUGAGGAUGAUGAAGAAGAAGAGGAAGAAGGAAACGAAAAAGAUGACAAUGACAAUGAUAACGUAGAAAAGAUCAAGAAUGAUAUAGAAGAAGAAGAAAACAUUGAAGAUAUGGAUCUUGAUGAAGAAGAAGAUUAAUCAAAGGCGUUUAUUUUUAUGCAUACCCCCAUUCAUUUGUAAAUAAAGAAAAGCAUAUUUUCUGCUUCACUGAC